GUCGCAAAGAAGCGCUUUGCCCCGCUGGCGCACGAGGGCAGGGCGCCGGGCGGCGCGGGCCCCGCUAAUGGGGACGACGCGAUAAACGAACUUUCCCGCCUGCUCAAGAGAGAGGAAGCCCCAGUCGUCCACGUGGACGUGGGGCAACGGCUGAAAGAGAUCAAGCUCGACGAUCUCCCGCCGGCAUUGUGGCCCAGGCGAGUCCGCGGAACCCGCUUGCUGGAUCGGACGCGACGUCUGCGCGGCGGUGUCAGGAGCGCGCGCGUCGACGCCCUUGCGGGCGAGGUCGCGAAGCUGAAGAAGAAAGGGGUGGCCAACCCUUUCGUGUGCGCGGACUUGCGCGAUUGGUCGCCGUUGGACGCGCCCCCCGCCGCUGGCGCCGACGCGCUGACAUGGAACGAGUGGCGCAUGGCCAUCGAUGCGUACCCCGCGCGCGUUCGGCGCAGUGUGCUUCGCAACGCCGCCUUUCGGCUUCCUGCGAGUUACGCAAUUGGCGCAGCCGCGACAGGCCAACUGGCGUACGUGUCCGCCAUGGCCCACGAGCAAAUUUGCAUGAGGGUGGCCAUGAACGCGCGCCUGGGCGGCCGGAAAGCCCCUUUGGGCAUGCUCUACGACGAGAGCUGCCGCAAGGACUGGGCCGAGAAAGCAGCCGCGGGAGUGCCGGACUUCGCGGUAGACGUGGCGGCGCGGAAGGUUUGCCGCGAGCUGCUGACCGUGGCCGAGCAGGCGUACGACCGCGCCGAAAGGUCGGCUAAGCCCGCGAGCAAGCCCUCGAAGAGCGGCGGCGGCACGCCCCCCCGGCGGGCCAAGGGCGCGGACGGCGCGUGGACCGCCGCGGGCAGCAGCGGGAGCCGCGGCGAGACGUCGUGGGGGAAGCGCCCG